GGGCAGGAGCGGCCCCGCUCGGCGCGAAAGCAGGACGCAGGGUCGGAGAGCACUUCCGCGCUUUAGGUGCCUCCGGAGCCGGCCGCUGGCCCCCCGACUUCUCGCUUUUCAGCCGCGUGGAGGGCUCGGGGCCGCAGAAUUGCAACCUCACCAAUGGACCUGAUUGGGUUUGGUUACGCAGCCCUCGUGACAUUUGGAAGCAUUUUGGGAUAUAAGCGGAAAGGUGGUGUGCUAUCUUUGAUUGCUGGUCUUUUUGUUGGAUUUUUGGCUGGCUAUGGAGCUUACCGGGUCUCCAAUGACAAACGAGAUGUAAAACUGUCACUGUUUACAGCUUUCUUCCUAGCCACCAUAAUGGGUGUGAGAUUUAAGAGAUCCAAGAAAAUAAUGCCUGCUGGGCUGGUAGCAGGUUUAAGCCUCAUGAUGAUCCUGAGACUUGUUUUAUUGCUGCUGUAAGCAUCUGGAGGAGCUGAAAACUAAAUUCAUGUCAUUCAACUGUAAGGGGCAGAGCGUACUCUUUGUAUUUAAGAGAUAAAUUUCAAUAUAGAAUAUCAGAUGUCUUAUUUUAUGUUAGAAACAAAAAUAACACUGUUACCUCUAAUAUGAACACUGGUUUGAGGUGUUUUCUUUUUUCACACAGAAACUUUAACUGUUUUCUAAUUGUCAAGCACUGUUUUCAUGAAAGGUGUUUAAUGAAUCAUGAUAUACUAUUGCAUUUGCUGUGUCUAUUUUUAUAUAUGUGAUUUCUUUUUUUUUUUUUUUUUUUGAGAAUUCCAAAUACUCAUGAUUUGAUUAAGUUUAAAUUAAACUACAACUUAUCAGAUAAGGGAAUUCCUUACUGGACUUCACAGAAUGCUAAUGUAUCUAUUUGUCAUUUAUGUUAUAUUAGAAAUUAUAUUUUUUCCAUUUUAAUUGUAUUG